CGAAAGUCGUCCUUUUUACCGGCCGCCUUUUUUGCGCAUUUCUGCGCGCGAACACCACGCGGUGUGUCUACGUGUCCGAUCUGGCAUUGCGCGGCGACGCGAUUCCGCCGUCGUCUUUCGGCCCGCCGACCCGCGGGCCACGCCAACUCGCGCGCUGCUCUGGCAACGUCGCAGGCGGCAUAGAUUCCGCUCCGCAACCGCAACCGCACGUUUGCCGGGCCGCCAUGAUACCAAAGCCGUGCUGGCCGUACAACGGUUUCUCCGCAGUGACGCGCAAGCCGCUGCCGACGACGCGACGCAACGUGACGGAGGUCCGGACUCAAAUUAUUGGCCGCCUGCGAACGUUCCGUUGCCAAUCCGGAACGCUUUUUCACGUGCACUGAUAACCGGAGAUCACCACGGUGCGGUGGUGGUGGAGCGUUUAUUCGUGAAUUUUACGAUCCACGCGGAUCGACCACCACGUGCCCCAACUUUUCUUCGCACCUCGACCGGAGGAGUGCUCGGGGCUCAUUAAGACUUUCUCGAAUCCGUCCGAGAGGACUCUCGUCGGCCACGAAGAGAUCCCAAAGACAAUCCCACAAUUUCAUUUUCACCGCGGCGGUCGUUCGAGUCGACAGGACGAGACGCGUGAAAGCGAGGGAAACCGAGAGAGAAACGGAAGGCCCUUCGGAAGACUUUAUGAGCAUGUUCGACACGGAAAGGUUCAUCGAGGAGAUAGAGAGGCGGCCGGCGAUCUACGACGUGAAUCGCGGCGAGUACAACGACCGUAACGCCAAGAUGACCGCGUGGGACGAGGUCUGCCAGGUGAUGGUACCGAAUUGGGCUCGUUUGACGGACGAGGAGAGAAACAUGGAAGAGAAGAAUCUGCGCGGCAAGUGGCGGAACAUACGGGACUAUUUCAUGAAGGAACUGAAACUUCAAAGGUUGCAGAAGACCGGGCCCGCCGGACGAAAGCGGAAGAAGUACAUGUACUUCGACCGGUUGUUGUUCCUCAUGCCGACGGUGGAGAACAAGAGGAGUUCUGUGAUGACGAUCACUCCUUGUAAGUCGGAAGAGAGCGAGUGCGAGGUCGACAAUCCCAUGAUCGAGGAGUACGACAUGCCGAUCGCGCACGCAGCCGGCGGCGCUUCCAUAACCAGCAGGGAGUAUCUCCAACCGAGCACCGCGUCCUACAAGAUGUGCCCGCGUUACCCGAAGCAACUCUGCGAAACGUCCUUCGCGCCCUUGGACAACGAGAUACACGACAUCCUCUCGUCACACAGCAGUCAGCGCGUCGCCCUCGACGAGGACGACUACGACAAGAUGUUCCUGCUGUCGUUGCUGCCGAUAAUCAGACAGGUGCCGGAGGAGAAGAAGCUGGACGUCAGGAUACAGAUGCAACAAGUCUUGGCGAUGGCCCUACGUCCGCCGGACAAUAAGUAAGUCAGCGAAUAAGUCGAGGAGAAAAACACGAUUUCAUAUGGUAAUUCAUUUGCGCACCGUUUCGCUCCGUCCCGCUUUGAUACUUUGUAGGGUGAAUUGUAUAAGUUGUAUAUAUAUAUA